AGAAGAGCAUCCCAUUGGUCAGAUCCGAGCUUCAUGAGUGGAUACCCGACCUCACAGCUGUCCUUUCGAUAAGAACAGGUAUCAAUUCGUGCUGAAACAUGGAAUGCCUGCCGCCAGCGCUGCCCGCUACCGCUACGUACAACAUAACGGCAGCUCCCCUCCGAAUUCCAACCAGAAAGACAACACAGCAUCUUCACCACUUGAGGCCACUUUGUUGUUCUGUCUGCAGACGGAAUGCCUCUUUUAGUUCCCGCCACUCCUUGAAGAGUCUUUUUAUUCUCAUCUUUACACCUCCACACACCCGCUCGACACCGCAUACCGAUCGAGAACCCCCCACCGCAUACACAACGCAAACACACACAAAACGCCCACCAUGGCGCGGGUGUCAACACUAUCACCCUUGAGGAUCUUCCUCUCCGCCAUCUUCCUCUUCUCCGCCCAUGUCUUUGCAGUCUCGGCUGUUCUGGGCGUUGAUCUGGGCACCGAAUACAUCAAGGCCGCCCUCGUCAAGCCUGGCAUCCCCCUCGAAAUCGUCCUGACCAAAGACUCCCGUCGUAAAGAGAUCUCGGCUGUCGCCUUCAAGCCCUCCUCCAAUGGCCCCAAGAAGGGCGCCUAUCCCGAGCGCGAGUAUGGCUCCGACGCCAUGGCCAUCGCCCCCCGAUUCCCCGGCGACGUUUACCCGAACCUCAAGGCCAUCCUUGGCCUUCCCACUGGCAGUGCCCAAGUUAGAGAAUACGCCGAGAGGCACCCUUCCCUGAAGUUGGAGGCGCACAAGGCAAAGGGAUCUGCGGCCUUCAAGAGCGCCGGUGCUUUCACUGAAGAGGAGGAGGCUUGGCUGGUCGAGGAGUUGCUGGCCAUGGAACUUCAGAGCGUUCGCGCCAAUGCCGAGGCUCUUGCUGGUCCUGGUAGCUCUGUGCGCUCCGUCGUCAUCACCGUCCCGCCCUUCUACACCACCGAGGAGAAGCGCGCCGUCGAGUUGUCUGCCGAAUUGGCUGGUCUCAAGGUCCUCUCUCUUGUCUCUGACGGUCUCGCUGUCGGCCUCAACUAUGCUACCACCCGCCAGUUCCCCAACGUUAACAAGGGCGCGAAGGCCGAGCACCACCUGGUCUUCGACAUGGGCGCCGGUUCCACCAAGGCCACCGUCCUCUCAAUGCAGUCGCGCACCGUCAAGGAUGUCGGCAAGUUCAACAAGACUGUCCAGGAGGUUUCUGUCCUCGGCAGUGGCUGGGACCGCACUCUCGGCGGUGACGCCCUCAACUAUCUUAUCGUUGACGACAUGAUCCGCCAAUUCGUCGAGUCGCCCACGGCGAAAAAGGCCGGCGUCACCCUCGAGGCCGUCAAAUCCCACGGCCGCACCAUCGCCAAGCUGACCAAGGAGGCUGAGCGCCUGAGACACGUCCUCUCCGCCAACCAGAACACUCAGGCCUCCUUUGAGGGCUUGUAUGAUGAUGUCGACUUCAAGUACAAGAUCACUCGCUCCGAGUUUGAAGAGAUGGCGGCCACCCACGCCCAGCGCGUCAGCGCCGCGGUUAAAAAUGCUCUUAGCAUGGCCGGUCUGCAAAUCAAGGAUCUCGACUCUGUUAUCCUCCACGGCGGUGCCACGCGCACCCCCUUCGUCCAGAAAGAGCUUGAGAGCUUUCUUGGAGGAGCCGACAAGAUCCGCACCAACGUCAACUCGGACGAAGCCGCCGUUUUCGGUGCUGGUUUCCGCGCUGCUGAGCUUUCACCCAGCUUCAGGGUGAAGGAGAUCAAGAUCACCGAUAUUGCCUAUUACCCCGCCGGAAUGAGGUGGAAGAAUGACGAGGGAAAGCCCAAGCACCAGCGUCUGUGGACCGCCACCUCGCCAUUGGGAGCGCCCGCGAAGGAGGUCACCUUCAACAAUGUCCAGGACUUGUCCGUCAGCUUCUACCAGUUGGUGGACGGUGCCGAACUUGACACCAAGGUGUUCACCACCAAGAACUUGACUGCCUCCGUGGAGGCGUUGGUGGAAAAGCACAAGUGCGAAAAGGCCGAUAUCAAGUUCAAGGUUGGCGUUCGUCUUCUCAGCGAGAACGGCGAAGUUGAUGUCACCAAGGCCGCCGUUGAGUGCGAAGCUGAUGAGCCGGAGAAGGACGGUUUUGUCGACGGUGUCAAGAACCUCUUUGGUUUUGGCAAGAAGGACAAGACUGAGGGCGAAGAGGAUUCUGCUUCUGCGUCCACCGAAUCAUCUACUAGCACCUCUUCUUCGGCCGCUGCAUCCGCCUCUGCCGAGACCAAGCCCAGUGAGCCCAAGAAGAAGCAACUCGUUCAGAUUAAUGUUGAUUUCACCCUCACCCCCACUGGCCCCACCUCUCUCCUUUCCAAGGCCUCCAUCCAAGCUCUCAAGGACCGCCUCAAGUCCUUCGCCGCCUCCGACCGCACCCGCCAACUCCGCGAGGAAGCGCUCAACCAGCUCGAAGCCUACACUUACAAGAUCAGCGACAUUCUGGACCGCGAGUCUUUUAUUGCGCACUCCAGCGCUUCCGAGCGUGAGGCUCUUCAGCAAAAGAAGGACGAGGUCAGCGACUGGCUCUACGGCGACGGCGCCGAUGCCACUCGCGAGGAAUUCAAGGCCAAGCUCAAUGAGCUCCAAAACAUUGUUGAUCCCGUCCUCAAGAGGGCGGAGGAAGCGGAGAAGAGACCUGAAAUUCUCAAGGGAUUGCAGGAUGCUCUCGACAACACCAACAAAUUCGUCAAGGACAUCAGGGAAAAGAUUGAUGCGUACGAUACCUUCCACGCUUCCGCCUCCGCUAGCGCCUCCGCUUCGUCGUCGAUUGCUACCUCUUCCUCCUCUACCACAGCCCCGGCUUCUUCCGCUACCGGCGAUUUCGACGGCCUAGAAGACGAUGCCUCCACCACCACCGCCACCCGCGAGGACCCCAUGAAGUUUUUGGAGAAGGAACUUGGUCCCGUUCCCCCUCUUUACACCCUCGAGGACCUCAAGGAAUCUGAGGAUUUGUAUACUUCCAUCUCCACCUGGCUGGAGUCGAAGAUUGCUGAGCAGGAGAAGUUGGGACCCACUGAUGACCCUGUAUUGACGGUCAAGGACCUUUUGGAGAGAAGGGAGAAGUUGGAUAAGGCGGGUAUGGCGUUGGCCAUGAAGGGGGUAAAGAACUUUGAGAAGACGCAGGCGAAGGGCAAGGGCGGAAAGACUAAUGGAAAGGCCAAGGCGUCUGGAAGCAAGGCGGGCGGCAAGAAGAAUGGAAAGGGCACCAAGGCGGGUGAAAAGCCGGCCAAGGAAACGGUCAGUGAUGAGGAAAUUGAGGAGAUGUUGAGAAAGGUUAUGGCGGAUGAGAAGGCCAAGGAGGAGGCCAAGGCUCAAAAGGGAGAGAAGGAGAGCAAGGAGGAGCCGGUCAAGCAUGAGGAGCUUUAAAAUGGGGCAUGAUGCAGGUGAUGUGUGUGUUUUAGCAGCAAAGCGUGUUCUGGCGUUUACAGAUCCAUAGAUUUAUCAACGUGAUUAUAGGGAUUGCAAUGUUCGCGUCAAUCUGUAUCUACCUGGAAGGUAUUUAAACGUGUUACAAAAACGAAUAACCGCUUUCCAGGUGGUCUUUUCCACUGCCAUCGAGCUUCAUGCCCGUGGUUCA